CAGGCCAGGCUUUUUCUCUAGCUGCUGCCCUUCCCAACUUUCUCCAAAGUCGGCCAGGAGAGAUCUCGAGCUAAGUUAGGAACCCAGGAUUGGGGCAGUUAGGAGCCUAGGGGCUAGAGUUGGAACUGGAGCCAGAGCCCUAAACCAAGGGGUCAAGAGCAGAGUUUGGGGUUGCCUACGGGGCAAGAAAACCUCCUGGGGCCAGGUCUGGAGUUUGGUUUGAAGUUAGGGGGAGGCAUCCCAGGAGCUGCCAAUCACUCCUGUAACGCACCAGCCUCCCUCCCUAACUUCUUUCCCUGCCACCAGGAUGAGGCUGAUCUUGGGGCAUCAAGGGUGGGGCCUAGGGGGACCGGAGCUGUGGCUGCUGCUGUUGCUAAUCGUGUUGGCCAAAGCUGUGGUUCAGAACCCGGACCUGCCUUCAGCUGGCUGUUCCAGGGGAAGCUGCUACCCAGCCACUGGAGACCUCCUGGUUGGGCGAGCAGACAGACUGACAGCCUCAUCUACCUGUGGGCUGAGAGGUCCUGAGCCCUAUUGCAUAGUCAGCCACCUACAGGAUGAGAAAAAGUGUUUCCUGUGUGACUCUCGGCAUCCAUUCUCUGCCCGCUAUCCUCAAAGUCACCGAAUUCAGAAUGUGGUCACCAGCUUUGCCCCACAGCGACGGUCAGCCUGGUGGCAAUCAGAAAAUGGAGUGUCCUCUGUCACUAUCCAGCUGGACUUAGAAGCUGAAUUCCACUUUACCCACCUUAUUAUGACCUUCAAGACAUUCCGCCCAGCUGCAAUGCUGGUUGAACGCUCCUCAGACUUUGGGAGGACCUGGCGUGUCUAUCGCUAUUUUUCCUAUGACUGUGGCUCUGACUUCCCUGGGAUCCCUCUGGCCCCACCUCAUCGAGUGGAUGAUGUGGUCUGCGAAUCUCGAUACUCAGAAAUUGAGCCAUCCACUGAGGGGGAGGUCAUCUACCGUGUUCUGGACCCAGCUAUCCCCAUCACAGAUCCCUAUAGUUCACGGAUCCAGGACCUCCUGAAGAUCACAAACCUCCGAGUGAACCUGACACGGCUUCACACUCUGGGGGACAACCUGCUGGACCCCCGUAGGGAGAUCCGAGAAAAAUAUUAUUAUGCUCUCUACGAGCUGGUCGUCCGAGGGAAUUGCUUCUGCUAUGGUCACGCCUCCCAGUGUGCUCGAGCUCCUGGUGCUCCAUCGCAUGCUGAGGGCAUGGUCCAUGGUGCCUGUGUUUGCAAGCACAACACCCGGGGUCUGAACUGUGAGAGCUGCCAGGAUUUCUACCAUGACCUGCCCUGGCGCCCAGCAGAGGAUGGCCAUUCCCAUGCCUGCAAAAAGUGCGAAUGUCACCAACACUCCCGGAGCUGCCACUUUGACAUGGCUGUGUUCCUGGCCUCCGGCAACACAAGCGGAGGAGUGUGUGAUGAUUGCCAGCAUCACACAGCUGGGAUGCACUGUGAAAUCUGCCGUCCUUUCUACUAUCGAGACCCCACAAGGGAUUUGCGGGACCCAGCCGUAUGCCGCCCAUGUGAUUGUGACCCUUCGGGGGCCCGAGAUGGAGGCCUUUGUGACCCCCACGAUGACCCCAUGCUGGGGCUUGUCUCUGGCCAGUGUCGGUGUAAAGAACACGUGGUGGGCCCCAGGUGUCAGCGCUGCAGGGAUGGCUACUUUGGACUCAGCACCACUAACCCCCAGGGCUGCCAGCGGUGCCAAUGUGACCCACGGGGGACAGUGCCAGGGGGUCCCCCUUGUGAUUCUAACAGUGGGGACUGUUUCUGCAAACGUCUGGUGACUGGAAAGCAUUGUGACCGAUGCCUGACUGAUCACUGGGGUCUGAGCCAUGAUUUGCUUGGUUGCCGCCCAUGUGACUGUGAUGUAGGAGGUGCCCUGGAACCCCGGUGUGCCGAGGACUCCGGGCAGUGCCGAUGUCGCCGGCAUAUGUUUGGGCGACGCUGUGACCAGGUGCAGCCGGGAUACUUCCUGCCGUUCCUGGACCAUCUCACCUUGGAGGCUGAGAAAGCCCGUGGGCAGGCCCUAGACGUGGUUGAACGGACAGCACGCCCUGGAAUGACCAUCUCCUGGACAGGUGUGGGCUUUGUUCGGCUACGGGAAGGUCAGAUCCUCGAGUUUUUGGUGGACUCAGUAUCCCAAGCUAUGGACUAUGAACUGCUCCUGCGAUAUGAACCCCAGGUCCCAGAGCAGUGGGCAGAAGUGACUCUGACUGUGCAGCGCCCAGGGCCAAUAUCUCACAGCAGCCCCUGCGGCACCACUGUGGCUGAGGAUGACCACUUCCGGGGGAUGCUCCAACCUGGUGCCAGGUAUGUGGUCUUGCCCUAUCCUGUCUGUUUGGAGCCUGGGGUUUCCUAUACUCUUCUGCUGGAGCUGACUCGGGCCGGAGGAGAUGCUCGCCCUGGAGCACCCACUCCCACCUUGCUCCUUGACUCUCUGGUGCUAUUGCCCCGAUGGUCAUCCCUGGAGAUGUUUAGCGCAGGGGAUGCCGGGGCCCUAGAACGACGGGCAACCUUUGAACGCUACCGCUGCCAUGAGGAGGGCCUGAUGCCCGCCAAGAGCCCCCCAUCAGAGGCCUGUGCUCCUCUCCUCCGAAGUCUGGCUGCGCUGCUCCACAACGGGGCCCUGGCCUGCCAGUGUGACCCCCAGGGCUCCCUGAGCUCUGAGUGCCAGCCCCACGGUGGACAGUGCCCAUGCAAGGCCAACGUGGCUGGGAGACGCUGUGACCAUUGUGCUCCAGGAACCUUUGGCUUUGGCCCUUCAGGCUGCAGGGCCUGCCAAUGUAGCCCUGAUGGCAGCUUCAGCAGUCUGUGUCACGAGGCCAGCGGGCAAUGCCCCUGCCGGCCUGGAGCUUUUGGGCUACGCUGUGAUCGGUGCCAGCCUGGGCAGUGGGGCUUCCCCAGCUGCCGCCCCUGUCACUGCAAUGGGCACUCGGAUGAGUGUGAUCCUCGCACGGGGGCCUGCCAGAGAUGCCGGGACCACACAGCAGGAGACAACUGUGAGAGGUGUACGGCUGGCUUCUAUGGAAACCCGGUGCUGGCAUCCGGUGGCCACUGCCGGCCUUGCCCUUGUCCUGAGGGCCCAGGGGGCCAGCGCCACUUUGCCACCUCCUGCCAUCAGGACAGGCACUCCCAGCAGGUGGUCUGCCACUGCCAGCCUGGGUACACUGGCCCACGCUGUGAAGAGUGUGCCCCCGGACACUUUGGGGACCCCCAGAGGCCAGGAGGCCGAUGCCAACCGUGUGAAUGCAGCAACAACAUUGACCCCAUGGACCCUGAGGCCUGCGACCGUCGAAGCGGACAGUGUUUACGAUGUCUACAUCACUCCGAGGGGCCUCGAUGUGCCCACUGUCGCCCUGGGUACUAUGGGCAGGCCGCCCACCAGAGCUGCCGAAGGUGCACCUGUAACUUUCUGGGCACAGAACGCAGUCAGUGCCCUUCUCAAGACAAAUGCCGUUGUGACCCAGGCAGUGGGCAGUGCCCGUGCCUGCCCAACAUUCAGGGACAUAGCUGUGACCGUUGUGCCCCCAAUUUCUGGAACCUGGCCAGCGGACGAGGCUGCCAGCCCUGUUCCUGCCACCCUAGCCAUGCUACCAGUCCUUCCUGCAAUGAGUUCACAGGGCAGUGCCAUUGCCGAGCAGGCUUCGGAGGCCGCACAUGCACCGAGUGCCAGGAGAAUCACUGGGGAGAUCCUGGCUUGCAGUGUCGGGCCUGUGAUUGUGACCCGAGAGGCAUCGAGACCCCUCAGUGCCACCAUGCCACGGGACACUGUGUCUGUAGGCCAGGGGUGGCUGGCGUGCGUUGUGACCAGUGUGCCCGAGGCUUUUCUGGUGUUUUCCCUGCAUGCCAGCCAUGCCAUGCCUGCUUUGGGGACUGGGACCGGAUUGUGCAAGGCUUAGCCUCCCGCACGCGGGCACUUGAACAACGAUCUCGGGAAUUACACCAGCUGGGGGCCCUGGGGGCCUUUGAGAAGAACUUCCGCCUUCUGGGAGAGAAGUUGGGCACCGUGCAGGGCAUUGUGAAUGCCCGAAAUGCCACAGCUGCUGCCACAUUGCAGCUUAUGGCCACCACAGAGGACCUGAGGCAUGACAUUGAGGAAGCCACAGGGCAGCUGACCAGACUGGAGGGAGAGCUGACAGAUGCCCAGGAUGAGAAUUUCAAUGCCAACCAUGCCCUGAGUGGAUUGGAGCGGGAUGGACGAGCUCUCAAUCUUACACUGAGACAGCUGGGGCAGCAUCUGGAUGUGCUGAAACACUCCAACUUUCUGGGGGCCUAUGACAGUAUCCGUCAGUCCCAUGCCCAGUCAUCAGAGGCUGAAUACCAUGCGAACCGUUCAGCCUUGGCCAUCCCCAGCCCUGUGAGUGACUCAGCAGCCACACGACGCCGAGCAGAGAGCUUGAUGGGCAGCCAGAGAGACAACUUUGACCGGAGGAAUGUGGCUAAUCGUAGGGCUCUGGGUGAACUCGCAGCCAGGGCCAACACCCUUAGCCUGACAGGCAUCAACGAGCUGGUAUGCGGGGCCCCUGGGGAUGCUCCCUGUGCCACAAGCCCCUGUGGCGGGGCUGGCUGCAGGGAUGAAGACGGACAACGCCGCUGCGGGGGCCUGAACUGCCAGGGAGCAGCGGCCACAGCAGACAACGCGCUGGGCCGGGCCCGUCACACACAGGAGGAAUUGCGGAGGACGCUUGGAGAUGCAGAUGGACUUGUGGGCAAGGUGGCAGAAGCAAGGCUGCAAGCGGGUAUGGCUCGGCAGCGGGCUCAGGCGGCCCUGGAAAAGGCCAACGAGACUCGUGGCCGAGUGGAGCGGGCAAACCAGGAACUUCGAGAACUAAUCCAAAAUGUCAAGGACUUCCUGAGUCAAGAAGGAGCUGACCCUGGCAGCAUUGAGGCCGUGGCCACCCAUGUCCUGGAGCUGUCCAUCCCAGCAUCACCUGCUCAGAUCCACCAUCUGGCAGGGGAAAUUGCUGAGCGAGUACGGAGCCUCGGGGAUGUGGACACCAUUCUGCAGCGCACUGCAGGUGAUGUGCGCCAGGCUGAGCAGCUUCUGCAGGAUGCCCAGCGGGCCCGGACACGUGCUCAGGGUGAGAAGCAGAAGGCAGAGAUGGUGCAGGAUGCGCUUGAAGAAGCCAGACGGGCGCAGGGUGCAGCCAAAGGCGCUAUCCGUGGGGCGGCAGCUGACACAGAGGGCACUGAGCAGACAUUGGGCAGGGUUCGGGAGAAGACAGCUGGAGCAGAGCAGGACCUGACUAUGGCAGCUGAGCGGACCCAGCGGCUGGAUGCUCAGCUAGAUGCUUUGAAGUUGAAGAGAGCUGGAAACAGCCUAGAAGCCACAAGGGCUGAAGAAACAGCGAACAGUGCUCAGGGCCGGGCCCAGGAGGCUGAGAAGCUGCUGAAGGGCCAGCUAGGUGACCGGUACCAAACAGUGAGGGAACUUGCUGAUCGGAAGGCUCAGGGUGUCCUACAGGCUAAAGAGAGGGCCGAGAAGCUACGGGAUGAGGCCCGGGGACUGCUACAGGAUGCUCAAGACAAACUCAGGAGGAUGUAUGAGCUGGAAGGCACAUAUGAAGUGAAUGAGCGAGCCCUGGAGGACAAAGCAGCUCAGUUGGAUGGCCUGGAGGCCAAAAUGAAAGGUGUCCUUCAGUCUAUCAACCAGCAGAUUCAGAUCUACAACACGUGUCAGUGACUCCUCCCACUUCCCCUUUCCCUGGGCUGCCCUAGUAGCACCCCAUGGAUAGAUGGGUGCACAUUCAUUGCACCAGUAUCUCCUGCCUGGGGUUAUGCUCAAGGGGCUAGACAAUUAGGGUUUGGGGAGUAGGUGGUGAGGGUGGGGGUGGAGGGGAGUGCUCUCUCUCUCUCUCAAACUUUCCUGGGCCAUUGAAUAAAUCUGAAGUUGUGAUGCUGAUUCAGGACAUGAGUGUAUGUUCCAGAGGGGGAUGGAGGAAGGUAUGGGUGGAUAUGAGACCUUGAUGAUUUUUAUUAAAGUUUCAGUUCAAUC